UGUAGCAAUAUUGACCGCCUUUUCCUUUUGCAUUAGUUUCAUCCCACAAAAAAAUUAAAAACACAAUGACCAUUCUCAUAACUGCUUUACUCUCUCUCCUAUUCUUCUCAUCAGCCACCGCCCAAGCACCGCCGUCACCACCACCACAACUGACUGUCCAAGCCCAAGAAUUCUUAGAUGCGCACAACCAAGCCAGAGCCCAAGUAGGAGUCGGGCCUUUAAAAUGGAGCCCGAUUCUAGCAAACGCGUCGGCCCGUUUAGUGAUGUACCAAAGAGUGAAGAACAACUGCCAGUUCGCGGAUCUGAGCAGUAACAAGAUCAAGUAUGGGGCCAAUCAACUAUGGGCCCAAGGCGGGUCACCGGUGGGCCCGAAAACGGUGGUGGAUGCUUGGGUGGCGGAGAAGAAAUACUACCACCACGAGAAUAACUCGUGUGAGACGAACCGACAGUGUGGGGUGUACACGCAGAUAGUGUGGAAGAAGUCGGUGGAAUUGGGGUGUUCUCAAACUAGUUGUGUUAAAAAUGGGACGAGUUUGAUUGUUUGUUUUUAUAAUCCACCUGGAAAUAUUGUUGGUGAAAGCCCUUACUAGGAAGUAUUAUAUGUGUAACAACAUAAUUUCAUGUUUGUGGCAAUAUUGUACUAAUGUUUUUGUAAAAUGAUGAAGAACUUUAAUAAAAAGGUAUGUUAUUUUGA